CCCGGCGGGCUGCAGGCGGCACUCUGCCUCCACAGUCCCUGCUGGCCGGAGAGGAGAGAGAUCAAACAGCCGCCGCCCUUGCUCAGCAUUGCACCCGCUCCUCUCUCUUUCCCAGCUAGAAUUUGCUGGGCCCUGGCUCCGCGCCUGCGGCUGCCGCAGUCAGCCGGACCCGCCUUCGCCUCCCCAGUCAGCGACGCAGAAGGGGCCGGGGAACGAGCGGCAGCAGCUCCAGCGCCUCAGCGGCCCCCGGCUUUCUCCCCUCCUCCUUCAUCCCACCAGCGCCUCCGGAGCGGGGCCCCAGGCUCGCGCUAACAGCGGCGACAGAGGAUGGCGCGAGGCGGCGGUUGCUUGGGGCAACCCCGGCUGCUGCUGCUGCUGCUGCUGGGCGGCCUCCUGUGCCUGCAUGGCGGGGCUCCGCUGGGCCGCGCUGGGCGGGGGCAGCCGCCCACCCCGUGCCAGGCGCCGCGGCAGUGGGAAGGGCGCACCGUGGUGUACGACCACAGCAGCGGCAGGAACACCAGGGCGGCGGUGUCCUACGACGGCCCCAACCAGCGCCUCCGGCUCCUGGAGGAGAGAAAGGCGCUUAUCCCCUGCAAGAAAGUCUUUGAAUAUAUGUUGUAA